AUGUCGGAUGCUCUCUCCGUGGCCUCCAGCUUGAUCACGCUUGCGACUUUCGCAUUUAAAGCGAGCAAAUCGCUCUAUGCUCUAGUCGAGGGCUUCAAAAACGCGCAGCGAACUGUUCAUGAGCUACGGUACAAACUGGAAUCUUUGACACAGGUCCUCGGCACCUUAAUCUCGGCAGUAAUGGACAAUGAAGCCGAGCUGGCCAGCUUGAAGUUACCUCUUCUGCAAUGUGGGAAAAUAUGCAGCGAGUUCAGGGACAUUAUUCACAAAUGCGUGGCCCAUUCCAACGGCCAACGCACAAGCUUUCGUGACUGGGCUAAAUUACAGUACAUGGGUGGGAAUAUUAAUGACCUGAAAACAACGCUUGCUGGUUAUAAAGCAACUAUCUCUAUCGCUCUCGGGGGAGCCACAUUUCAUCAAGCCACUGUUGCCAGCGCUGUCAUCGACCAGUAUAAGACCAUGAUCGAGGAAGCAACGUCUGACCUUCAGGAGCAUCUACAAGACAUUAAGGAAAGGUUGCAAUCACUCGAUCAGCACAGGGGUCCUGUUCAAAGGUCUGAUACUUUUAACUUACGAGACAUAAGGGAGGAGAAGGAAAGCACUGAGCAAUACCUGACAAUAUAUACUCAUGUCACGCAAGUCAUUGCACACUUCCAGAAACAGCUUCCACAACUCCCUUCUCAGGAUGAGAGCACAUCUGUAUCGUUCGGUCCUGGCAACGAUGAUAUAUCCGGUCAAUCCCAGAACCUGACCAACACUAUGCUCACUGACUUUAGCGUACGAGUCUCAUCAAACUCAGCGGCACUCCAGGCCCGUCUGAUGGAGCUGACAAACCAACUGAGACAAAUAUCAGAACAGGGCAUAUUGUCCAAGGAUCUCACAAACCUGAAUCUCAUCAAGAAGGAGAGGGAAAGCAUUAUCCAAUGUCUUAAUAUCUGUUCAGAGGCCUCCGAACUGGCACACAGAGCCCGCACAAAUAUCUUUGAGGACGUGACAUCAUCAGAUGAGUCACAUCAGCUCAUAGUAUCUACCAUUGGAGAUCUGAUAUCCGCCAAGCAUAUCAUCACUGGCUCGAAAUCAGCACAGUGGUUGGGCCAAAUGUCAGACACUUCGCUACAGCAAUUAUCUCGAGACUUCCGUGGACAAGUCGGGAUAGGAGAAGAGCCACCCGCGCGGGCGGAGAAAAAUAAAUUUAAUACCCGCUACGGAUCUGGUCAGCUGCUCGGAGAAGACUCUCCAAGGCGCCGAACAUCUCCCAGCGACAAAUGUUAAAUACAUGUGGUCAACAUAUAUCCUACUUCCCUCAAUGUGUCAUCUCUUGCAGCUCUGCCAGACUGUCGUUAAUCGAAGAAGAUUGUUUCAUCCUAUCCACCAGAUCACGGACAUCCUGAUCUGCACCGCUUUUGAAUAUCUUUAUCACCAUCACCAGGGCGUUUCAGUAUCCUUCUGUUGCCUUUUCAGCAUAUCGCAGAGCUUCUUUUCUUCGUCGGUCUUUGGAGGGCUCAAAUACACAAGUUCGCCCAGAAUAAACACAGGUUUCGCAGGACGGA